GUGAAAUUUCGUGUGUACCCGACGGCGAAAAACUGUCAUUUUUAGUCCGCCCUGUCAUCAUCUCUUCCCUUUGUACACAAUAUUUGGAUCUAAGGCAAAAUGGGAGCGCUUUGGACCCGUUUUCGGGGGAAACAAACAACCUAUGAAAUUUUAGAGGGCAUUGACAAGGACAUAAACCGGUUGCAGAAGAACCGCAAAGACAACCAGGAACGCCUGAAGAGAUUCGUGACCCGCCUCAUCAUCUACUCUGUGGUGCUCUAUGUCAUCGCCGCCGUCGUCUUCUUCUUCCUCUACUUGCCUGAUACGUGGCAGCUGAGGUUCCUGUACUCGUCGCCUCUGCUCGUCUUCCCGUUUAUCAUCUGGGGCCUGAAGAAGUUGUUGCACUGGUACUUUGUGAAGAGAAUCGCCAAGAAUGAUGUGGCCUUGAGGGAACUGAGAGAGAAAAAGAAACAAAUCCUGGAAGAUGUGAUGGAGACAGAAACCUACAAGAAAGCCAAGGAAAUCCUGGAGAAGUUUGAUCCGGCCAGGUUUAAAAAGAUGGAGGUGGAGUCCAGUCCCAGCUCCCCUCCUGGUCAGGGCACUCCAGGCACUUCCAUCCAGCAGCGUACGGCUUCCCGCUCCGCACAGCAGCAGCCCGUGAUCCGAACCCCGGCAGGCGCCCCGCCAACCCCAGUACACACUCCCAGCCAGCGCAUGGUCAGGCCUCCCCAGCCAAUGUCCAAGCAGCCCCUGCGCCAGCCCACGCCCACCUCCACUCCGCUGAGGCCUAUGGGAGGCUAUGGCGCUACACCGGGGAUAAGAACUCCGGCUCCGAUUGGUCGAGGCACUCCGCAGCAACAGCAGCAGCACCAGCGCAUGCCGAUGUCUACCCCGCAAGGAGGCGGGAGGGGCAUGGUGAUGCCCGCGGGUUAUGUGCCACCUCCCGGUCCUCCUAUGCCGAGGACCGUCCUGCCCCGAGACCGCGGGACCAUGGACCGCCUCAUGGACUACCUGGUCGGGGACGGGCCGGAGAACCGCUACGCUCUGGUCUGCCAGCAGUGCUACUCUCAUAACGGGAUGGCGCUGAAGGAGGAGUUUGAGUACCUCAGUUUUCGUUGCUGUUACUGCUUCUUCCUGAACCCCGCCCGCAAGCAGCGUCCGUUCGCCCCACGUAUGGAGUUCUUCAAUCCACUGGCAAGAGGUCAGGGAGGUCAAGGUCCCAAGCAAUUGCCACCCAAUAAUGAUGAGAGUGAUGAAGAAGAUACUGAUGAUGAGGAUGAGGAGAACAGUGAAGAGGAGGAGGAGCAGAAGUCUGCCGGCCCUUCUUCUGAGAAACCCUCUGACAGGUCAAAGGUCGGUGGACAAGGAGCAGCAGGAAAUGGAGUACCCAGUUCGUCGGUCAGACGAGGUCCUGGUCCAGCUGCGACCACUUCCACUGACCAGAGGUCUCAAGGGACGAGCUCAAAGCCAGCCGCGGGGUCAUCGGGUCAGAGCACACUCAGGUCUGGCAUUCCUAAAGUAGCUGCUGCUGCUGCCACGAUGAGCAAAGGUCAAGGUCAGACGGGUGAGCAGCUGCUUCCCGUUGGUGCUGUGAAAACGUUGAGACCCGCUGCGACAUCAGUGGUCGCGUCGAAGAAUGCGGGGGCCGUCGUUUCGAGCGGUGCUGUAAAGAGCCCUACUUCUUCCGAGUCUCGCUUUCCACAGAGUCAGACGGCUGCUCAGGCUAGGAAUACCUUCGCAUCACCGCCGGUGUCUGCGUCUGUCGACAACAAAGCCGCCAGCGAGUCUGCGUCUGCAGGAAGUGUUGUCAGCCAGACUGGUCUACGUAGCAGCAGUCAGCCCCAGAAAAAGGGGCUGGGAGAUAGCACUUCCGCUACAGCUACACCCGUCGUGUCGAGUGCCUCUCUAAGAAGCCAGAUUCCCUCUCUCGUCGGGACGAAGAAGCCGGUCGAGUCAGAAAGCACGGACAACUCAACGGCCGUCACGGCGCAGGAAGUUUUGUCAGCACCAGCAGCACCCCCUGUGCAGCGAGAUGCCGAUGAUAUUAUUUCCAACGCCGACGCCAACGGUGCCCACACGGAGAAUGGACUAAACAACAGCGAUCCGUCUGUGCCUUUAGGGGAAACCGCCCCAGAGGAAGUAUCGUCUUCGGCGUCGCUAGUGACAGCUUUGGAGUAUGACGGCGGAAGCGGCCGCGAUAAUAUCGUCGAUCCUCCCUCGGGGGACGCGGCCGAGGGUGAUGUACAUGAUGGCCGCAACCCACCGCCCAAUGAGGCUAGCGCCGAGGGAACCGCCGAUGGGAGUAGUGCUGCGUCCUAGCUGGGCCUGUCCUGGGUGUGUUAUAAAUAGUGCAAUACCCGAUGAUGAGACGCAGCUGUCUGUGGUGGUCAAGGCUUAUACUUAGAGAGCAGUUUGUGGUAGAAAGAUUUGUUUUCCUCAAAGUUGAAGAUUGAAGUGUGGUAGGUUUUUCCUCAAAGUUGAAGAUUGAAGUGUCAUAGGAUAGUAUUUUCCUUGUGGAAAGUGCCGUGGGUGUUUUGAAGUAUUGUAAUGUUUGAUAGCAAGACAGAAAUAUA